CCUGUUAUGUUAAUCCUAACAGUUUGGACAUUAAAGCCCAGUGAUGUAGCAUGCAACUGUUUUCGUAAAUAUAUGCACGAACUAAGCACGUGCCAAAAACGUGCCGAAAGUGAUUGGCAUUUUGAUAUGCGUACAGUUAAUCGUAAGUCGCGGGAAUUUUGUUGCGGUACGUGGCAGUCGAUCACGUGCUCUACAAAACUAAUUACUAGUAAAACGAGUAAAUGCAAUCAAACGGAACAGUUAUCUGUACAGUGGUAUUAUAUGCAAUACGUUAACAUAGAGAUUGGCUCAGGUGGUAGUGGCAACUGUAGUAAGUUUCCACUGGGAGCUCAUACAUGUAAUCACUAUCUAAACUAA